UGAUAGAUCUCUAAUUUUGCUAGGUAUAAAGAGCUUGUUGCCUCAAAUAAAGGUAGCCUUUGGCGACAUUUCGAAAGUAGCUCCAGACUGUGUUCGAUGGCGGUAUUUUGCCUAAUCUAUAAAUUUAGAGAAAUAACUGUCGAAAGCAAGAAUUGAAUAGAUUUUUUCGUACUUAUCGUAUCAUAUAUUGACUGACCCGCAAGUGAAAUGUGGUCCGGUUAAAUGGGUCGAACAUAUCGCAAAAGAAGACGUUACAACCAAAUGUUUAUAAGGAACAUUACUGUACGGGGUUUGUAUUCAUGGAUAGUUGCUAAAGGCUUUCGACCAUCGAAAUGUAACUUGCGAUUGGCUGUUACAUCAUCAGGAAGGGGCAUGGUUUGUCAAAAUGCCGUGCAACCUGGAGAUAUUAUAAUUAGUCUUCCGGAAAGUUUAUUAAUCACAGAAAGCAAGGUCCGCGCGUCGAUUCCAAAUCUACCGAACACAUUUUCAAUUGAAGAGAUCCUCACAGCGUUCAUCAUCGCGGAAACGCGACUUGGAUCAUAUUCCACCUGGCAACCGUACAUCAGUUCCUUGCCGGCAGAAUUCAAUUCCCUGUUCACGUACAAGCAGCUCGAUAAACUACCGCGAGGAUUACAACUUGCUUUUGGUAAUGCGUGGCCUAUUGUAAAGCGUAUCGUCUAUUUGAGCAAUUAUCGUCAUUCUGUAGACAGGUGGUGUACUACUGCUCUUCGGUCCUGGAGAAAUCUGUCAAAGUAUUUUCAAGCUGUCAAGGCCGACGACGUUUCGGAGUCUGAGUUUUUAUGGAGCUGGUGCGUUGUAAACACGCGGUGCAUAUAUGUCGAAGGUCACGGCGGAGUUCUCGCACCCUUUUUGGACAUGCUGAACCAUCAUUGGACUGCAAGCGUGAAUACUCAAUUCAAGGAAGGGCAUUUUGUAAUCAUCUCGAAUAGCCGGUACGAGCCGGGCGAAGAAGUGUUUAUCAGCUACGGUAAUUAUGAUAAUAGGACGCUAUUGCAAAACUACGGUUUUGUCCUCGACGACAAUCCGAACGAUUGUGUCCCUAUUGAACGUCACCAUCUAGAUUUGCUACACGCAGUCAAGAAAUUUACGCGGUUCGACCAGAAGAUCGCGCUAAUUGAAAAGAGAGAAUUUCUAACGAAUCAAACCGGUUUUACGGUCGAAGGUGCUACAUGGAAUCUAAUAGUUAUCUUAAACAUUCUCGAAGAUUGUACACCUCAUGGGGUGAGCCGUUGGAAGCUACAUAUGAUUCAAAGUACUGAAGAAACUAGCAACUUGGAGCUAGUGGCACUGUUAGCUGAGAUUGUGCUGGAUGCUUAUCCAAAUGAUAUACAAGACUACACGUUGAAGAAACUUGUACAAAUUGAAAAACAAAUAUUGUAUAAAUUGGCUAUACACAAGUAGAUUCUAUUAAGGCAAAAUAUAUCGUGUAUAUGAACUACGUUGGUGUAUUUUAGGUAGCCAUGUCAAUAAUAAACUGUAUUAAAAACGGA